GCCGUUACUACGGGGGUGCGUCCGUACGUAAAAGCCGGCGUACGCUCCUCGCCAACGACUCGCUCGUCGUCGUCGCUCGGCUCGGCUCGGCUCGGUCUGUACCUGUACCUGUUCGCAUUUCGUUCGCGCCGACUUGCCGACUUCGCAAUUAUUGCUUCGUCUUGUUUCGUCUUUUCGAUCGAAGCUCGACCGCGGCAGCGGCCGCGCCGACCGCGCGACCUCGAUUCGAAUCUCGUCGAUUUCGUCGAUCUCGUCGCCCGUGCCGUUGCCGUCGUCGCCGUCGUCGCCAAGCUCGUCUCGAAUCGCUGAAACGCUCUAUCGCUCACCACCGACGCGACGCGACAGUUCGGUGUCGGCAUUGUCGGCUUGAUAUUCACUAACAGCGAGUUUCAAGUUUCAAGUUGCAACGUAUCCCAAUGUUGAGACAUGACAGUUGUUUUAAGCGUGAAAAGUUUUACGAAAUAUAAUAGCUUUACGGAAAUGUUUGUUGGAUUUUGCCCCAACCACCAGUGUAUCUGCUACGAGGAGUGAUUUCUAGAGGAAGCUAGAGAAGGAUCUGCGGGAACAGACGGCCGCGAACGAGGACACCCUCGUCCUUGUCCAUAGAGUGAAGCUCGAUAGCUCUAUCGAGCUCGCCUACGUCCGGGACGGCAAUUUAGUUAACGACGUUUACUACGUUUAGUAUAGCGAGAAAGUGCAUUCAACCAUCGCUGCGACAAUCGCUGCGAGACUCGAUCGUCGUCAACGAAUCUUCUUUAAUCGAGAAUCGAAAACAUAGUGAAGGAUUUACAGUAUACCUAUAGUGAAGGAUUUGCAUGCGCGCGCGACUUAAUUCUCCUACCUGGUCAUGGACUUUCGUUGACGAAUUACAAUUUGACAAUGACUCUUUCGCAUUAAAUUCUACUAGCGUGAAUAUUAGAAUAUUAGAAUAGCUGUUGCUGACAUGAUGAUUCUUAGAAGAUAAAACGAGAUGGAACUUGAAUUUCGAACAGAGUCAAGCAGCCUCGCACCGGGUGGAUGGCGACGACGACGGUCGUAGGACGGCGACGGUAGAACGACGUUAGAACGUUACCGCUUGCGGCUGCAGUUGCGGCGUCAUCGGUCGCUGCACCUGCAGCUGCGGCGGUGGCGGUGGCGGCAGCAGCGCAGGUGGCCGCGGCGGCGACGAUAUAAUCAGAGGACGAAACGAUGCAGAACACCGGCGACUAUUAUCAAAGGGCGCCGAGAUGUUGUCCCGGUAGAAGUGGCAACAACAACAACAACAAUAGCGCGAGCGGCAUCGCGGGCGGAUCGGUCCGAGGCGCGGAACUGCUCUGCUGUUGUUGCAGUUGCAGCACCGCUACCUCGACCAAGACUCCGGGGCUGCUGGCGAGCCUUGGCGUGUGUGUACUCGUCCUUGGCUACACCCUGCUCGGCGCGUUCGCCUUUAUGGCCCUCGAGGGAGGCCUCAAAUCGGAUUCACUAACCGAGGUUGCACCCUCGAAACCUGAUGGAGCUUCCUACGUGCCGCCCAACCUGGAGAAUGACUCCGCCGCCACGGAAUUGAGAGCACGCACGGUGGAGAAACUGUGGAGCAUCACCGAGGAUCUCAACGUUCUUUACAAGGAGAAUUGGACUCGUCUGGCGGCCCGAGAAGUCCUCGAGUUCCAGGAGAAUCUAGCUCGCGGCCUCAGGCGCACCUCGUACGAGCAGAUGCCACCGUUACCUCCGCGGUCCCGAGACCAUCACAGCGCGGAUAGACGGCUGCACAGUCGACGAUGGACUUUCAGUAGUAGCCUGCUGUAUUCUCUGACGUUGAUCACGACAAUAGGAUACGGUAGCGUAGCGCCACGCACAGUCUGGGGCCGACUGAUUACUAUAGUCUACGCCUUGGCGGGAAUCCCGCUGAUGUUGGUCUACCUAAGCACAGUGGGCGACGUGCUCGCCCGAAGCUUCCGUCGUCUGUAUGGGCGUGUGUGUCGGCAGCCGCGUAACUGUGCGCGAAAGCAACAACCGCCGCCGCCACCACCGCCAGUCGGCGGCAUAAUGGCCAAGGCAUAUCGCUACGACAAUCACGUGGAGACCAAGGGAAGUGGCAACUACUACUCGGCAAGCAGGGAAAGCUCAUGCGACGAUCUGGGUAUCCGUGGCACUGGCAGUGCGAUCCUGCUCGACUGCGGCAGCGAAGGUCUUUUGCACGCCACCACCAGUUCGACAGCCGCGCUCCAGGAUGUGACAACGGGCAACGGCAAGCGGCAUUUUCAUCCGUGCUCGCUGUCCUUAUCAUCGACCUCGUCACCGGCGUACAUGCUAGAGGCCAACCCUGUCAGGAUACCGAUCAGCCUGUGCCUGGCAAUAAUGCUGGUGUAUAUAUGCGGCGGCGCGGUCAUGUUCAACCGUCUGGAAGGUUGGAGCUUGUUGGAGGGCGGGUACUUUUGCUUCACCAGCCUUGGCACGAUCGGCUUCGGAGACCUGAUGCCGGUGGGACGUAACGCGCCCUCGACCACCCUGGAGGAGCUCAGCCUGUGCGCCUGCUCGCUCUACAUCCUCGCCGGGAUGGGCCUGAUCGCCAUGUGCUUCAACCUCGUCCAGGAGGAGGUGGUACGCGUGGUCAGGGUCUUCGGUAGAACCUGCGGCAUGUCGUCGGGCGUGGUGGUCGGACCUAUCGGUGGUACAGCAAGCGCCACUUCCGGUCUCAAGGCCGACCUUGAUGAUGGAGGCGGCACCAGCGACUCGCGAUUGUCUGAACAAGAGGAGGAGGCGAUCGCCAUGUCGAUGGUGCCGGCCGGUUCCUGACAGCAUCAGGCCAGGAGCUCCGGCGACGGCAAGCUCCUGGCCCACCCCUCGAACACUGCCAUAAAGUUGUCGCCAGGCCAUCAU